AUGAAGAGUUACUCGAAGUGGACAUCGAUUUCAUGUCUUUGAUCCGUGACAUUCUUCCGAAUGUCAGUCAACGCGUCAAUCAAUUUACACAAUACUAUAUUCAGUCGCCUAAUGACAGCUCCCAUUGCUUUCUUUGACAUCAAUCCUAUCGUGCGGACACCAGUGAUAGACCACUUGAGCACAACUAUCAAUGGUUUGGUCACUAUUAGGGCUCUAAGAGCUGAGAAACACUUUACUAAUGACUUUAAUCGCCUUCAAGACAAUCACACGACUUGUUAUUUCACUAAUAUUGCCGCCAAUAGAGCUCUCGGACUUGUAUUGGAGUUGAUAUACAUAUUCUACGAAACAUUUGUCGUUAUAUUUCUUAUGCUUUUCACUGACGAUAUAAGUGGCGGAACCGCUGGACUAUUGUUGUUUAUAGCUAUCAAUAUGUCAUGGUAUCUUCAAAUAAUGGUCAGAAGAUCAGCUGAUUUGGAGACAUACAUGACUUCUGUGGAGCGGAUCCUCGACUACAGUCAUCUCGAGUCUGAAGUGUCUGAAACUGCGGAUAAUUGUCGACCGCCGGCACCCGAUUGGCCACUUGAGGGUCGCAUUUGUCUCAAUCACGUGAGUCUGAAGUACGACAACGCGACGGAUCCGACACUCGUUGACAUCAAUUGUGAGUUCAAAGGCGGGGAAAGGGUUGGUAUAGUCGGCCGAACGGGUGCCGGGAAGAGCUCAUUACUGGCCGUACUCUUCCGUAUGCAUCAAAUCACUGGAAGCGUUACCAUCGAUGGCGUCGACACUAAGUGUAUACCUCUUCACGACUUGAGACGAAACAUAUCAAUCAUACCUCAAGAGGCGAUUGCAUUCAUUGGAUCCAUUCGUCAUAAUUUGGAUCCAUUUAGUGAUUACUCGGACGACAGACUGUGGGAAGUGUUAGCAGAGGUGCAGCUCAUUGAUUUUCAAAUCGCUUGA